AAAAAGGUUAAGCGUUGCUUGUGACAGUGGCGCUGAAGAAGAAGAAAUUUCGAAGAAAAUAUAUCAUCUUUCAUCGCACUUCUCGAUCUCCAAAGAAGAUGACUAACCCUUGUGCGGCGUGCAAGCAUAUCCGUCGAGCUUGCGACCCGAAUUGCGAGUUAGCUCCCUACUUCCCGGCGGACAAACCACAUCGUUUCAGCGUGGUGCAUACAGUAUUCGGAAAAAGCAAUGUGUCGAAGCUGUUGCAACGGCUGGACGUUACGCAACGUGAACAAGCUGUUGAUUCAUUGGUGUAUGAAGCUGAGGCGCGUAUGAGAGAUCCUGUUUAUGGCUGCGUGAGUUUUAUGUGGAAUCUUCAACAGAGGUUGAACGAAAUUCAAGAGAGACUCAGGAAUGUGAAGAACGAAUUGGCUAAAUACUUUGAUCAUGAUACUGUCGAAUUUGUUAUCAAGAAUCCUCAUUAUUUUGGAUUCGAGCCUCGUGAGUCUCAGCAGCUGCCAGAUGUGACCGCUGCUGAGCAACAUCGAAACUUGGAACAAUUGAGACAAAUGCUUCUUAGAUCUGAUAGAGGGUUCUCUACUGGUGAUGGUGGGUUGGGACAUCAUCACAUGAAUGUUCAUGAUGAUUAUGUUGGUCCUUCUUCUGGUACUUUUGAAAUGGGUGGCACUAGCACCAGCGGUUAUCAGAUUCAGCCACCACCACAUCAGUAAGAAUAGUGGGACUGGGAUACAUAUAGGUGGUGAAGUUGUUUUGUAAGAUUUUAGGGAACAAAUUAUUUGAACAUUUAAAACCGACAUUCAAUACCAUAUUUUGAUACAGUUUUUAUGUGGUUGGCGUCUUACAUGCAAAUUUUUAAUCUCAAAAUUACAGUGUUCUAAGUUUAUUUUCUUGAACCCAGGAUGAA